AGCGCGCUGAGAUAACUGGACGAUAGCCUGGAGUUGAAUCCAACCUUGGCUGAAUCUACCAAACAAAACGACGAGUGCGAACACAUUGGAUCACUCUACGCAACUGUAAUACCACUUUACAAUCACUAUCGAGAAAAUGUCUCCCUCAGAGAACGAGUUCGAUAUCCCAGCGAAGAACUGUUAUAGGAUGGUGAUUUUGGGGUCCACCAAGGUGGGCAAAACUGCUAUCGUUUCUCAGUUUUUGAACGGGAGAUUCGAUGAGCAGUACACGCCAACCAUCGAGGAUUUUCACAGGAAACUUUACAGUAUUAAGGGAGAUGUAUACCAACUGGAUAUAUUGGACACCUCUGGCAACCACCCGUUCCCUGCUAUGAGGAGACUAUCCAUACUGACAGGUGAUGUCUUUAUCCUGGUCUUCAGCCUGGACAACAGAGAAUCCUUCCAGGAGGUACAGAGGCUGAAGCGACAGAUCUUUGAGACCAAGUCGUGCCUGAAAAACAAGACCAAGGAAAACAUUGACGUGCCUCUGGUGAUCUGCGGCAACAAGGGCGACCGGGAAUUUUACCGGGAGGUACAGAGAGAAGAGAUUGAGCAGUUGGUGGCUGGAGACGAGCAGUGCGCGUACUUUGAGAUCUCCGCCAAGCGUAACACUAACGUUGACCAAAUGUUCCAGACCCUAUUCACUAUGGCCAAUCUACCCAAUGAGAUGAGCCCGGACCUUCACCGUAAGGUCUCCGUGCAGUACUGUGACAUGCUUCGCACGAAAUCCCUAAAACAUAAGAACAAGAAGGACCAUGGAGACGCCUACGGCAUCGUGGCACCAUUCGCCCGGCGACCGAGCGUCCACAGUGACUUGAUGUACAUAAAGGAAAAGGCGAUCGGUGGUGCGCAGGGGAAAGAUAAAGAGAGGUGUACUAUUAGCUAAGAUUGUGAAUCCUAUUAAAGACCUUGAAACCAAUAAUGAUAUUCUUCAUUUUUUGAGGCAAGAUAGACGGGGCUUGGGUGCGCAAGGCUACCCAUGCUGCUUACGGUCGCUCGGUAUUGGGACACUGAGACAACAAUAUGUUGGGACGAUGGGCUCCGGGUGCAAUGACUGUCUAGAAUCAGACAUACUGCAAACUUGGAAGCGCAAGCUACAUGUCCUGAUCCGCGAAACUUUGAAGAAUGUUCUUUUGUUCUUUUAACGAAGCAGAACCUUUUGUGAUGUGGCUUAAAACCAACGCGUAAAAUGUGUUUUGACUUGCAUCCGCCUUAAAGUUAGGCAAAAAGGCUCAUGGAGUGGAGUACAAUGUUAAGAAUGUUGUUUACAUUUUGUUAUACAUUUUCUAACAGAUAAUUAAACUUGAAUGUCGCAAUCUGAACAAUUUUAUAUAAGUGUUAAUUUAUUUGUAUGUCGAUGUCAAUUUUACAAAAUUAAAACGGAAAAAA